AUGGCACAUUCUUUUGAAGCAUUUAGUGGAAAUAAUGAUGAACAAGCCGUCCAUGAAUUUCUUCGAAAUGAAGCUAGAAUUGGCAAUAUUGAAUCACGAGCUCGAGAAUAUUUAGAUGAUCGAACAUAUAGAAAUAAAAUUUGUUUUGAUUCAGGAGAAUAUUCUGAUGCAUUAGAAUUAUAUGCUCCUGUUGGAUCAUAUAUUAUACAAAAUAUAAUGGAUCAUCAACAAGAUUUAGAUACAAUUCAUUUACGAAGACCAGCACCAGAUAUGUUACCAAUAAAAAUAUUAAAAAUAGCUGAUGAACCAGAUUCAUAUAUAAUUCCAUCUGAAAUACUUAAUAUUGAUGCAAUUCUUCCUCGCUCACCACAAUAUAGAUUAGAAGCUAUUACAUGUGAAAUAAAUCAACAUAAUAUUGUUUUUAUGAAACAUCUAUCAACAAAUAAAUGGUAUUAUUAUCAAAAUAAUUAUACAUGUGAACAAUUUAAUAAUAAUUUAAAUGAUAAUUUAAAUCAAAUACUUCAUUCAAGAUCAUCAAUCGAACAAAAACGUUUAAUAGAAUCAACACAUUUUCUUAUAUCUAUGAUCUUUCAUAAUGCAGUUCAAUAUAUUUAUGUACGUGUUGAUAAUUGA